AUGUGCGUAUUCGGCAUCGUGGCCAAUGUGAUCAACAUCCAACUGUUUUGGAAGCAAGGUUUCCGAGAUGGUGUGAAUGUCACGUUGACAUCUUUGGCCGUCAGCGAUUUGGGCGCUGUGAUCUUUGAGCUCGUCUAUUCCACAGUUAUAAACCCGCUUCUUCUGGAAAGGGAUUGGGUGAUUUCCAAAGCGAUCAUCGGAAUUAUAAGCGCUUUAACGCACGAGUACUUUUCGAGGGUCAGCAGUGUGGUCACAUCUUUUGCCGCUUUGGAGAGAUGCCUGUGCGUGACCUGUCCACUGAAGGUCAAGGCCAUGAUCACCACUAAAGUCGCCAUCAUGGUGAACGCUAGUAUUUUUAUUAUUUACACCUUGUAUUUUUUCCCACAGCUUUACGUUGUAGAUUUUGAUUGGGCUUUGAUCUCGGAGCGUAACGUGACAGUCUAUGUGGUCUACACGACUGCAAGAAGCGCCAUAUUUUUUCCAAUGACGUACUACUUUACAGAUAUACUCUUCCCAUACUGCACUUUCAUAAUACUUAUCUCAUCUUGCACUAUCCUGUUUGUCAAGCUCAAAUCAAAAGCCAAAUGGAGAAAUCUCGUCUCUACUUCCGGCCAAGGCUUGUCCCACGUGACCGUCAGAGAGCAGAAGUCUGGUGUUGUCUUUAUGGCCGUAUCGCUCAUGUGUGUGGUGCUCUUACUGCCACAGUAUCUACUAUUUACCGCACUUACAUUCAUCAGGGCCCUGGCUUUUAAUGGUUACCUCGUCGAUGUCAGGAAGGUCGCUUACGCUUUCACGAGAGUAUUCAAGACUGCCAACUCAAGUUUUACUAUCUUCAUCUACUAUAACAUGAGCACAAAAUACAGAUCGGAAUUUCACAAAAUGUUUACGAAACAAACAAAAGCAGAACGUCUGUAA